AGCAAGCGCCGUAGCAAUAGGUUAUAUCUUCUUUUGAUUCUUCUCUGUCCAUCGUCGUCCUUUUAUCACCAGCCAUGGCCGUCGGGAAAAACAAGAGAAUCUCUAAGGGUAGGAAGGGAGGGAAGAAGAAGGCUGUUGAUCCUUUCUCCAAGAAGGACUGGUAUGAUGUUAAGGCUCCUUCAAUCUUCAGCCAGAGAAAUGUCGGAAAGACGCUUGUUUCCAGAACUCAGGGAACCAAAAUUGCCUCAGAAGGCCUGAAACACAGAGUUUUUGAGGUUUCUCUUGCUGAUCUUCAAAAUGAUGAGGACAACGCUUACAGGAAGAUCCGUCUCAGAGCUGAAGAUGUCCAGGGAAGAAAUGUUUUGUGCCAAUUCUGGGGCAUGGACUUCACAACCGACAAGCUCAGGUCUUUGGUUAAAAAGUGGCAGACUUUGAUCGAGGCUCAUGUUGAUGUUAAAACCACCGAUAGCUACACACUGAGGCUAUUCUGUAUCGCCUUCACCAAGAGACGUGCUAACCAGGUCAAGAGAACUUGCUAUGCUCAAUCCAGCCAAAUCCGUCAGAUUCGCAGGAAGAUGAGGGAAAUCAUGGUCAAGGAAGCUUCUUCUUGUGACCUGAAGGAUCUUGUUGCCAAGUUCAUUCCCGAAGCUAUUGGCAGAGAGAUUGAGAAGGCAACUCAGAACAUAUACCCACUUCAGAAUGUAUUCAUCCGUAAAGUCAAGAUCCUCAAGUCUCCCAAAUUCGACCUUGGAAAGCUCAUGGAGGUUCACGGAGAUUACACAGCGGAGGAUGUUGGUGUGAAGGUUGACAGGCCGGCCGAUGAGACUGUCGUCGAGGAACCUACUGAAAUCAUCGGAGCUUAAGAGGAGGUUUUUGAAGAAAUGUGGUUAAAUUGAGAGAUCGUUUUUUCUUCUAAACAUUAGUUCUUUUAAUGCUUUGUGUCGUUUCACACUCGUUUGGUUAUUCUGUUUUUUUUGGUGUGGUGUAUUGAUGACUUUUCUCAGUAUAAACUUGCAAGUUUUGGAUAAUUUAAGGAACUCCUUUUUUCUCGAA